GCAGGGCCGGGGCAGCGGCGCCUGCAGGAGCUGCACCCGAGGAAGGCAGCGGAGCAGCAGGUGCCGAGGCGCGGGGCGCGCCGGCGUGGGGGCUGCUGCUGCCGGGCACGCAGGGAGCUCGUGGGGGCCGCGCCGCGCUCCCAGGGGUGGGCGGUGAGCCGAGCCCCGGCCUAAAAAUAACCAGCCGCUCGCUCACAGAGCGGCGACCUUUCGGGGGCAGCGGCUGGCCGAGGGGGCCAGCGCCGAACCCGCGGCACCGGGACCGGGGAGCCCCUCGGCGGGCAUCCUGCAGCGUGGGGAGCCGCGCGCCAUGCACCGAGCCGGGGCACGCGGUGGCACCAGUGGGGCCAGCGAGGAGGCGGCAGCGGCCGGGCGCCCGCCGGCGAGGCCCGGUGCAGCCCCUCCGAGCCCAGGCAUCCCCCCGAAGCGCGCCAAGGUCACUGCCGAGCAGGGGGGUGCCGAGGGGGCCCCCGCACGCCCGCGGGCGCCGGUCUUUGCACGCAAGCUGAAGAACGUGGCCGUCGGCACCGGCUGCGACAUCGGGCUGAAGGUGGUGGCGGUGGGGCACCCCCGGCCCGCGCUGCGCUGGUACAAGGACGACGAGCAGCUCGCGCCGCGCGGCGACGAGCACGGCACCCUCUGGAUCCGCGACAGCAGGAGGGAGGACGCCGGCGUGUACACGUGCGUCGCCCAGAACGAGCUGGGGGUGGCCGUCACCAGAGCCGUGCUGGCCAUCAUCGACGUGGAAGACUCGGAGACCGGCGAGGAUGAGCCCGGGGACCCCCAGGUGACGCAGCGCAGCGAGCUCCAGGAUGAGACGGCCUUCAGCACGCCCACGGGCGAGUCCGACACGCUGGUGGACGCCUCCGCGAACACGACGCCGACCUCGGCGCUGGCCCUGUCGCAGGCGGAGGAGCGCUCCAGCUGGUCGGGCAGCCAGCAGACCGUGGUGGAGAAGGAGACGGACGCCAGCCUCCCCGCAAGGGGACCCUACCUCCGCCCCGGUGCCCGGCAGCCGCAGGGAUCCCCAAGCAGCAUCCCCCAGGGGGGCUACCGGAGAGAUGACCCCCACGGCGGCUCCGUGUCUCCGAAGCCCGGUGCCGAGCCCCCGAGAUCCCCUGCGGCCCUGCCACUGACCACCAAGCCCCCCAUCCUCCGCUCGCCGUCCCCCCGCGCUGGCCCGUGCCCACUCCCGUCCUCCGGAGCCAUGGGCCAGCCCGGUGUCCAUGGCCCUGGCGUCCCCUCCUUCACCCCCGUCACCCCCCGCAAGAAGUCCGCGGUGCCGGCCGAGUACCAGGACACUGUCCCUGAGGAGUACGAGGAGAAGAUCAAGAAGCCCAAGUCCUCGGGGUACUCGCAGGCCAGCACGCAGGAGUCCCGUCCUCAGACGCCCAUGAGCGACACGUCCAGCCGCGUCUCCAUCCGGGCAUCGCCCAAACUGGUGCGCUCCGGCUCCAGGAUCUUCGAGAGGCUGCAGUACUUCGAGGAGCGUCGGAAGAGCCUGGAGCAGGCGGACAGCCCCUUCCCCGCGCAGCACCCCUGGCUGCCCCUGCGCAAGACGCGCUCCUUCGACCAGCCCGGCUUGGACUCGCGCCGGCCCUGCACGCCGGGCAGCUCGCAGGAGGACGUGCGGGACGGGACGCGCUCGGAGCUGGGCAGCGCGGCCUGCCGGCGCCUGGCCUUCCGCCAGAAAGCCGCCUCCUUCGACGAGCGGGGCAGGUUCGCCAGCCGCGUCUACGACAUCGAGCACAAGUUCUCGGAGGAGCUGAGCCGCAUCAAGCGGACGGUCUCCAAGCAGCAGCUGAGGCGCUCCCAGGAGCUGGGGAAGCCCGGGCCGCCCCGAGCGCCAUCGCCCCAGGCGGCGAGCGAGCCCGCGGCCCCCCGGGCGCACCGGACCCAGUCUUUGCAAGGCGCCGCCGGCCGCAGAGCCCCGCCGCAGAAGGCCUUCCCGCCGGCGGAGAACACGCACGUCAUCCAGCACCUCGCGCUGUCCAGCGUGGCGCUGGUGGGGCCCAACGACGAGCCGGGGCGGGGGGCGCCGCGCGGGCGGAAAGCCCUGGCGCGGAGCAGCCUGCCCGCGGAGGCGGCGGAGGCGGGCGCCAGGAAAAGUCUGCAGCAAGAAGGCACCGGGGAAGUGAAGAAGAAGGAGCAGUGGCCGUUAGCGCAAGCCACCCCGCUGGCACGGGCGGCUCCUCCGGAGGCGGGCGCCGCCAAAGGGAUCCCGUGCCCGGAUGGGGACCCCGCCGGUGGAGCCAGGGCCCCUGGGCCAGGGGGCGAAGCCCUGGCCGCGAGGCUGGCCGUGCCCCACGGGCUGUACCGGCGGCCGGAGGGGCCCUCGGAGGUGCGGUUCCUGCCCUGGGCGAAGCCGGGCCUGGAGCAGGAGGCCCGCCUGGAGAAAAGCUGGGCUGGGCAGCACGGCGCGGGCAGGGAGCCGGAGAGAAGGCAGCCGAAGGUGUCAGAGAAGAAAGACAGCAUCCGGACGGCUCAGGAAGGCAGGAGCACGCGGAGCAAGGGGAAGGGGCGCCGAGCCAGGCCCACCUCUCCGGAGCUGGAGUCCUCCGAUGACUCCUACGUCUCAGCUGGCGAAGACCCCCUGGAAGCGCCCAUCUUUGAGAUCCCCAUUCAGGACACGGCAGUGGCCGUGGGCGCAGAGGUGCUGCUCAAGUGCAUCGUCACAGCCAACCCCCAGCCAGAAGUGUCCUGGAGGAAGGACGGGGUCCCGCUGAGGAGCAGCACCGCGCGCCCCAUCAAGGCGGAGGGCGAGCGUCAUACCCUGCUGGUCAGGAGCGCCCGGGUAGCCGACGCCGGGCUGUACACGGUCACGGCGGCCAACGAGGUGGGGGCCACCUGCUGCAGCGCCAUCCUCAGCGUGCGGCCCGCUCCUGCCGUGGAGAGGCAUGGGAACUUGGCCCCCCCCCUCGGCCAGGUCAGCCCCAUCACAUCGGAUGAGGAGUACCUGAGCCCCCUGGAAGAGUUCCCUGACACUGGGACCCCUCAGCAUCGGCUGACCAUGAAGCUGCAGCCCAGAGCAGAGCAUGGGGUUGCCCGCAGCUCCCUGGAGACCAGCUUCAAGGCUGCACCCACCUUUGAGGUGGCCCUGUCGGACCAGUCGGUGCUAGAGGGGCAGGAUGUCAGCAUGAGCGUCCGCGUCCGUGGGGAGCCCAAGCCCAUCAUUUACUGGCUGAGGAACCGGCAGCCGGUGAAGUACGGACGCCGGCACCACGCGGAGGAGGCAGAGGGGGCCAGGGGGCUCUUCACGCUGCACAUCCUGGCGGUGGAGCGCACCGACACUGGUUUCUACACCUGCAAGGCCGUCAACGAGUAUGGCAUGAAGCAGUGCGAGGCCAAGCUGGAGGUCAGAGCUCGCCCCGAGUGCCAGUCCCUGGCCAUCGUGGCGCCCCUGCAGGACGUGGUGGUCGGGGCGGGGGAGCUGGCGCUCUUUGAGUGCCUGGUGGCUGGCCCGCCAGACAUGGACGUGGACUGGCUGUCGCGGGGCCGGCUGCUCCAGCCCGCCCUGCUCAAAUGCAAGAUGCAUUUUGACGGGCGCAAGUGCAAGCUGCUGCUCACCUCCGUGCACGAGGACGACAGUGGCAUCUACACCUGCAAGCUCAGCACCGCCAAAGACGAGCUGACCUGCAGCGCCCGGCUGACGGUGCAGCCCUCUGUCCAGCCGCUCUUCACACGCAAGCUGGAGGAUGUGGACGUGGUGGAGGGGCGGACAGCACGCUUUGACUGCAUGAUCAGCGGGACUCCCCCGCCAACGGUCACCUGGACCCACUUUGGGCAGCCGGUGCAGGAAGGGGAGAAUGUGCGGAUUCAACAGGAUGGGGGGCUGUACUCGCUGGUCAUCGUGCAUGUGGGCAGUGAGGAUGAGGGGCACUACACGGUCACCGCCAAGAAUGCCCACGGCCACGUCGAGUGCUCUGCCGAGCUCUACGUGGAGGAACCACGGCCCUCUGCGGCUUCCCAGAUCUCCAAGCUGGAGAAGAUGCCAUCCAUCCCAGAGGAGCCAGAGCAGGCAGAAAACGAGGUGGAGUGCUUCACCAUGCCCGACUUCCUCAAGCCGCUGCACAACCUGGAUGUGGUGGAGUCCAAGGAGGCAGUGCUGGAGUGCCAGGUGGCCGGGCUGCCCUACCCCUCCAUCACAUGGUUCCACAACGGCUCCCGCAUCGACAGCACUGACGACCGCAAGAUAAUGCAGUAUAAGGAUAUCCAUCGCUUGGUGUUCACGGCUGUCAGCCAUGCGCAUGCCGGUGUCUAUAAAAGCGUCAUUGCCAACAAAGUAGGGAAGGCCACAUGCUACGCACACCUAUAUGUAACAGAUGUGGUGCCAACCCCCCCAGAUGGGCCACCCACCGUGGCCUCAGUGACUGGCAGAUCCAUCACGCUGACAUGGAACAAGCCCAAAUGGCUGGACACCGCCAUAGACCCGGCCUCGGUGACCUACAUGGUACAAAUGCAAGUGCUGGGCACAACACAGUGGAUGGUGCUGGUGACUGGUGUGCGGGACACCACCUACACAGUGCACAGGCUCACCAAGGGUGCCCAAUACCUCUUCCGUGUCAUCACUGCCACGCCCAAGACCAACAGCAAGCCCUCCCCACCUGUGGGGCCCGUGCAGCUCCUGGAUCGGGGUCCCUACCUGGAGGAGGCCCCAGUCAUCUUGGACAAGCCAGACUUGGUGUAUGUGGUAGAGGGGCAGCCAGCCUCCAUCACCAUUACCAUCAACCAUGUGGAGGCCACCGUCACCUGGAAGAGGGAUGGGGUGGCGCUGGAGCAGGAAGGCAUGUGCGAGGUGAUAAUGCUGGAUGACGACCAACACUGCCUGCGGCUGCGGCAGGUGGGCUGUGGGGCCGUGGGGCCGCUCACCUGCGAGGUGAGCAACCGCCACGGCGCUGCCCACUGCACCCUCCACCUCUGCCUCGCAGAGGCGCCGCGCUUUGAGUCCAUCAUGGAGGACAUUGAUGCCCAGCAAGGCGAGACGCCACGCUUUGCUGUGGUGGUAGAGGGCAAGCCACUGCCAGACAUCAUGUGGUAUAAGGAUGGAGAGCUGCUGGAGGAGAGUAGCCACCUGAGCUUUGUGUAUGAGGACAACGAGUGUUCCCUGGUGGUGCUGGGCGCCGUUGAGUCUGACAGUGGGGUCUACACCUGCACGGCCAGGAACAUCGCUGGGGAGGUGUCUUGCAAGGCCGAGCUCAUGGUGCACACAGUGCCUUUCCUUCCCCCAGCCCAGCCCACCACAGACGUCACGAUGGAGGAGGAUGCUCUGCAUAAGGCGCGACGCUUAACUGACUACUACGAUGUGCACGAGGAGAUUGGGAGGGGGGCCUUCUCGUACCUGCGGAGGGUGACGGAGAAGAGCAGUCGACUGGACUUUGCUGCUAAGUUUGUCCCUGGGAGGACCAAGGCCAAGCAGUCAGCACGCCGGGAGCUGCACAUCCUCUCACAGCUUGACCACGAGCGCAUUGUCUUCUUCCACGAUGCCUUCGAGAAGAAGAACGCUGUCAUCAUGGUCAUGGAGCUGUGUGCUGAGGACGAGCUGCUGGACAGGAUGGCAAGGAAGCCCUCAGUGUGCGAGUCUGAGGUCCGGUCCUACAUGCGGCAGGUCUUGGAGGGGAUUUGCUACCUGCAUCAGCAAAAGAUUCUACACCUGGACAUCAAACCAGAAAACCUCCUGAUGGCGGAUUCGAGCAGUGAGCAGGUCCGGAUCUGUGACUUCGGCAACGCGCAGGAGCUGACGCCUGAUGAGCCGCAGUACUGCAAGUACGGCACCCCCGAGUUUGUGGGUCCUGAGAUCGUCAACCAGAGCCCCAUCUCCAGCGUCACCGACGUCUGGCCGGUGGGGGUCAUCGCGUACCUAUGCCUCACAGGGAUCUCCCCUUUUGUGGGCGAGAAUGACAAGACCACGCUGAUGAACAUCCGCAAUUACAAUGUGGCCUUCGAGGAGAGGAUGUUCCAGGGGCUCACACGGGAAGCCAAAGGAUUUGUCAUCAAAGUUCUGGUCAACGACAGGCUGAGACCCAAUGCAGAGCAGACCCUGGAGCACCCCUGGUUCAAGACGCUGGCCAAGGGGAAAGUCAUCAGCACUGACCACCUAAAGCUCUUCCUCUCCCGUCGGAAGUGGCAGCGCUCACAGAUCAGCUACAAGUGCAACAUGGUGCUGCGGCCAAUCCCUGAGUUGCUGGAGGACACAUCCAACCACCUGUCCAUCGCAGUGCCCCGGCACCUCAAGGAGUCCCCAGCUCUGUCGUCCUCCUCAGACUCAGAUGACUUGGACGAGCUGCCCUUCAUCCCCAUGCCACACCAGGUGGAGUUCUCUGGCUCCCGCAUGUCACUCAAUGAGAUCCCCACAGACGACGAGGCCAUGGGGCCAGCUGAGGGGCUACGGGAGGAGGCGGCCGUGUCAGGGGAUGUAUCUGCCAUGGAGUGGCAGAGUGAAGAUGCAGGGAGGCCAGCGGUGGCCCUGGGGAAGAGGCCGAGGGCUGCACUGCCGCGGCGGCCCUGCGCAGAGGUGGAGGCACCUGGCUCCUCCGAUGAGGAAGCCCCUGAGGCCCAGAAGCGGCCAGAGCAUCCCCGCAAAGCCGUGAGAAAAGGCUCCAGCCUGGAGUCCCCUGAAAGCACCCGCAGGGCAGCCAAGAGGGGCGAGCUGAAGCGAGGCAGCUCUGCCGACGGUGCCCUGCUGCUCAGCCGGCCCCUGGGGGCCGAGGAGGGAGGCGAGCUGGGCCGGGAGCCCCGCAAGACACUGGCCAAGGCGGCCUCCAUGGAGCUUCCUCGCCGGAAGGGGGGCCUGGGCGAGGACGACCAUGCCCAGCGCCUGGAGCUGAUGCGCCAGCGCCUGCUGCGGGGAAGCCCCUUGGACGGCAAGGUCAGUGGUCUGCGGGGUCCCCUCCUGGAGACACUGGGUGUCAGCCCCGACAAGAAGGUGCUGCAGCCACCACGGCUGGAGCAGCCUGUGCCGGCAGGACCCCGGCUGGUGCGUGCGGCGUCCAGCGAGGCCACCUCGCCGCAGCUUUUCCCCCAGGAGCGCCUACUGCAAAAGAGCAGCUCCUUCAGCCACGGCGAAGCCGAACCCGUCAUCCGGCACCGCCGCUCUGGGGCACCCCUGGAGAUCCCUGUGGCUCACAUGGAGGUCCAGCGGCUCAAGGAGUCCCCAUCACUCUCGGCCCUCUCCGACGCCCGACCCCACACACCACGGGAUGCCAGCAGCCAACUACUGCCCCCUGCCCUGGAGACCACCUUCCCCUGGAUCCUUCCAACCAAGGCUGCCCAUGAGAGAAGAAGUGUGCCAGAUGAAUGGGGCCAACCUGGAGCCAGGGUGGCUGUGGCUGCUGUGGGGAAGAAAUCUGCGGCUGAGGGGCACGUGGAGAAGAUGUCCACCAAGGCUGAAGCCACCAGAGCCAGCAAGGGGUCUGGGGAGAGGGCUGCCAGGACGAGAGCAUCCACGCCACAGCAGACAGGGCCCUUGGCUCCCAGUGCCCAAACACCCAAGAUGUCUUCCUACGCCGAGGUCAUGCAAGCCAUGGGAGCCAAGAGAAUCGGGGAGUCAGCUGCCAAGGAAGCCCCCAAGCACCCCACGCCUGUCCCUGCUGAGCUCCCAGUGCCAGCACCAGCAGAGAGGAGGGAGGCAAAGCCCACAGGUUCGUCCAGUUCCCUGCUCAUCGAGGACAUUGAUUCGGAGGAGGUCUUUGAGGCCAAGUUCAAGAGGAGCCGGGAAUCAUCCCUCAGCCGCGGGCUGAAACUCCUCACCCGAUCACGGUCUGAGGACCGGCACUUGGCCAGCUCCUCAUCUCGUGAUGAGGGCAUCUACCGGCCCACGCCAGCAGGUGUGCCCCUGGAGCUGCACAAGAGCCAGCCCACCAUCCUGGCGGAGAAGUCCAAGUCAGUGCAGGACUUGCAUGAGAUGGAGAAGGAUGGUGGCUUCAUCCGGAGGAUGAGCCUGCGCCUCAAGCGGACACCACCUGCAGAGAGGAAGAAGGCCAAGGGGGAAGAAGGAGGAGGAGAAACCCCGACACGUGGGCGCCGCUUCUCCUGGAGCCUUGGCUUGGGCAGCUCCAAGGAGCGGAGGGACUCAGAAAGCCUCAAGUCGGAGCCAGGUGCUGGCGAGAGCGAGUCACCGGUAGUGGCUGUGCGGAGGAAGAUCAGUGCGACCAUGGAUCGGGUCUCCUCACGGCUGCGCAGCUUCUCAGAUGAGCGGCCGGAGGAUGAAGGGGCUAAGGAGCACCCAGAAAAGCUCCUCUCUCUGCUCCGCCGGGCCAAUUCAGAAGGGGAGAGCCUGCGGCAGGUGGGCAUCACGGCGCAGAACCGGGUGGGCCCCCACCCAGCGCUCGCACCCUCCUCUGAGUCCCUGCAGUCGGAGGGCAGCACCCGCUCCACUGCCUCUGCCAAAGGUGCUGGUGAGAGCCAGAAACGGUCCCGCUGGGAGCGCUGGGGGCUGUCCCGGCUCAAGAAGGAGAAGGUGGCCUCGCAGCCCAACAUCCCAUCCAGCGUGCUGCAGGAGGAUGGCUCCAUCGGGGGCCGGCAGCACGUGCACAGCGAGUCUGAUUUCCCCCCCGUUUUCCACAUCAAGCUGAAGGACCAGGUGCUGCUGGAGGGCGACGCACUGACCCUCUGCUGCCUGCCUGCCGGCAGCCCGACCCCCAGGAUUGUCUGGAUGAAAGACAAGCGGUCGCUGCAGUCGGACAACGUGCUGGACAUCGUCUCUUGCAAGGACGGCCGCCAAAUGCUCACCAUCUCCAAGGUCUCCCGGAAGGAUGCAGGAAUGUAUGAGUGCGCAGCUGCCAACACCCUGGGCACAGCCAUCAGCUCCUGCACCCUGGCUGUGGCACGACUCCCUGGGAGGCCAGGCACCCCGGAGAUCCCCCAGAAGUACAAGAACACGGUGCUGGUGCUCUGGAAGCCUGCGGAGAGCAAGGCCCCCUGCACCUACACACUGGAGCGCAAGCUAGAUGGAGAGCACGAGUGGAAGAUCGUCAGCACCGGCAUCGCCGACUGCUACUUCAACGUGACGGAGCUGCCCCCCGGGAGCACCGCCAAGUUUCGGGUGGCCUGUGUCAACAAGGCCGGGCAGGGCCCCUACAGCAGCCCCUCGGGCAAGGUGCACCUCGAGGCGGCAGACUCCCGAGCUGCCCCUGCCAAGAAGGACAUCGCCGUCCCCGUCCCCGAGAAGGUGGCCUCCAGCCGGUCGACCCAGACGCCCCCAGGGCAGCCGGAGCCGCCGACGCCGGUGGGGCCACCCCCCACCACGCCGCCCCGCGAGCACCAGGGAGCUGUGCGCAAGCCGGGCCGGGCGCCGCAAGCGGGCGUCCCCGCGGGGGACCUGCAGCCGCCCGCGCCCCGCGAGCGGGGGCCGCCGCCGGCCCCGGAGCUGCCGCCCGACGUCACCGUGUGCGUGCCCCCCGAGCUGGUGUUCACCCCUCCUCGGACUGCCCCCUCGCCCCCCACGGAGCCCCCAGCCCACGGCGCCCCCUCGGCUCCCACGGACACGUCCGCCCCGGCCCCCGCCCGGGGCUCCCCCCAGCGCCGCUCUCCGUCCCCUUCCAAAUUUGCCCCCAUUUCCCCAGCAUCGACCGCUCCCGGCUCAGCCCCCGCGCUGGCUCCCACCCCCAACGCUGCUCCCAGUCGGAAAAUGCCCCCCUACAUGGUGACCUCCUUCGUCUCGACACCCCCGGCGUCGCCCGCCACGCAGGAGCCCCCCGCCACCACCCCGUCCUCCAAGGAGCCCCCUGCUCCCCGCGGGGCCCCGGGGGCCAAGGACAGCACGGCACUGCGGCAGGGCGUCCCCCAGAAGCCGUACACCUUUCUGGACGAGAAGGCGAGGGGCCGGUUCGGGGUGAUUCGGCUGUGCAGGGAGAACGCCACGGGGAGGCACUUCAUGGCCAAGAUCGUGCCCUACGAGGCGGAGAGGAAGCAGAGCGUGCUGCAGGAGUACGAGAUCCUCAAGGCGCUGCACCACGAGCGCAUCAUGGCCUUGCACGAGGCGUACAUCACCCCCCGCUACCUGGUGCUCAUCUGCGAGAACUGCGCGGGCAAGGAGCUCCUCUACAGCAUCGUGGACAGGUUUCGCUACUCGGAGGACGACGUGGUGAGCUACGUGCUGCAGCUCCUGCAGGGCCUCGAGUACCUACACAGCCGCCGCGUCGUGCACCUCGACAUCAAGCCGGACAACGUCGUCGUCUCGGGCAUGAAUGCCCUCAAGAUCAUCGACUUCGGCAGCGCCCAGACCUACAACCCCCUCGUGCUGCGGCAGCUGGGGCGGCGCGUGGGCACCCUGGAGUACAUGUCGCCGGAAGUGGUGAAAGGCGACCCGGUGGGCUCCGCAGCGGAUGUCUGGGGUGUCGGUGUCCUCACCUACAUCAUGCUCAGCGGGCGGUCGCCGUUCUUUGAACUGGACCCAAUCGAGACGGAGAAUCGCAUCCUGGCAGGGCGCUUUGAUGCCUUUAAGCUCUACCCCAACGUCUCGCAGAGUGCUGCCCUCUUCAUCCGCAAGGUCCUCUCCAUUCAUCCCUGGAGCCGCCCCACGGUGAAGGACUGCUUCGCCAACGCCUGGCUCCAGGACGCCUACCUGAUGAAGCUGCGCCGCCAGACCCUCACCUUCACCACCAACCGCCUCAAGGAGUUCCUGGUGGAGCACCAGCGGCGCCGCGGCGAGGCCGUCACCAAGCACAAGGUCUUACUGCGCUCCUACCAGGGCGGCCAGCCGCCGGGGCCACAGUAGCCGGGCGCCCUCGCCGCGGCCGCGGAGGCGCCGAGGAGCCGAAGGAACAUUCCAGGGGCCCCGGGACGGGGCGGCCGAGGAGCCGCGACGAGCCCACGCACCUCGCGGACCGCCGCCGAGGACGCUGGUGGGAGGGAUGGGGACGGGGCAGCCUCGUUGGCGAGGGGAGGCGCCGCCCGAGCCGGUCCGGGCUGCGGGCGGCCGGAGGGAAGCGGGAAGAGUAGACGGGAAGGACGGAGAACGUGGCCGAGGGACGGGGGAAGGAGGCGAUGGAGACGGAGGCACCGAGGGAAGCCCCAGGCGGGAGCGGGAAAGUCGCCGGCGCGUUGGCCAGCCCUCGCCGCGCGGUCGGCCGCCGCGGCCCCCCGGAGCCGCCGCCGCCGCCACGCGCUGGGGGGCCGCCCGGCUCCGCACGUGAGCGCCCGGGCCUGGGGCCGCUGCCCCGGUUUCUGCAGAGAGGGGCCGGCCGGAGCCGCUCGCGCACGCGUGCACGUGCACGCACACGCCCGCCCCCGUCCCCGAACGCCCCCGCGCGGCACCCCCUGCCCGCACACGUGCCUUGCCGAGCCACGCACCUACCCUGCGCACACGCGUGCACCCCAGGGCUCUCCGCUUGCUCCGGGGCCGCGCAGGGCUCUGCAGCCCCCGUGGCCGCCGCCGCAACGGGGCCCCGCGCUGCUCUGCGCCCCCAGCCCCGGCUGCGCCCCCUCCCCGGCAGCCCCCCUUUGCCUCCCGGGUCUCGACCUGAUGCACCAGCGUGGCCUGGGCACGGGGACAGGGGUAGCGUUUGGGCACCCGCCUCCCCGAUGCUGCUGUAGCGACGGGGCUGUAUUUAUGGACUGUGGCGAGCAGGUUUCCGUGCUGCCUCUGGCCCUGUCCCCCCCUCCUGCCCCCUCCUCUCCGCUGGGCUCCGCGGUUGCCCACAGCCCGUGGUUUGGAGCAAGCACCGUGCCAGAGCAGCAAUAAAAGCCCUGAGCAGCU